CCUGCAGAAUCCUUCCUAUCCUUGGACAGGGUUGCCGGAUUUCUGAUAAGAAAAAUAGAAACCUUGUUCUUCAAAACAAGACCACAAACAAGCGCACCUCGUUACAGUAUGGCCAACCCGCGAUUCUCAUUCUCCCGCAAGAUCCUCGUUAGUAUAGUGGUCAGUAUCCCCGCCUGUCACGCGGGAGACCGGGGUUCAAUUCCCCGACGGGGAGAAUCGCUUUUUCUUUUAUGAUUGUUCUUAUGAUAUACAGGCAUCUUUCUCAAGAGUCGUAGUUUGUUAUUAUUUACAAAAUAGGCGCGUUGGAGGAAUAUGUAUUAAAAUAUUAACAGAAUUAAAACAAAAAAUUGAGCUAAACUUUAUUACACGAAUCACCGGAGACGAGGGAGGAAGCGUGUGUGCGGGAGCAGCCCCUUUCAACACUGUCGUAAAGUGAAGACCAUACUCAACACUGGGGGGCGCUGCUGCCUUUACAAUAAACUGUCUCCCUGUGUCAGCCAUCCUGGCUCCAACUGCUGUGUAAUUCCGUGCAAUCAGGCUCCAUUGUAUCCACAAUGGUAGCUUUAUUUUCAUAAGCUUUUCAUUCCAGUGCAAUGGCGUGGCCACGAUUUUGUUUCGGGUGUGGAUUAUUACGAUGACGGUUAAUAACGUUGGCGUAGCAAGGAUUUCGUUCUGGGACCAUUAGCUGCACCACUGUUCCAAUUCAAAAUAAAUGCCAAACACCGCUUCACUAUAUUAUUCUAUCAGCCCCCCUACUAACGAGAAGGGGCUGAUAGAAUAGCUCGGGUUGGUUUUUGUGUUGCUUAGCGUUAAAGGCAACAGGGCCCCCCAACGUUUAAAAACUCUCAUGCCUUACGCACAACUUAAACAUCUCAUAAAAUAACAAAAUAAAUGCAAAGACGGUCAUUCUAUUCAGAUGUGUAACAGGUAUUAUUUGAUUUUGUGCUAAAAGCGUAGAGUCCAGUCAAACAAUUAGUUUCAAUAAUACAUUUGUCAUUUUAUAUCAAACAAAUCUAGCGAAGCUCUGAGCGAACAGUUUGGUUUCGCUAGAGGAUGGCACGGUUUUGGCCAUCUCAAUUGUGAACACAAGCCUGCUCUUUUGAUAUCCUCGGCUGGUUGUGUAUAUUUGUUCUUAUUUCAGGAUUAAAUUCUAUAUUUCUUGCGGUUAGAAAAGACAACGUUUUUCAAAAGGUGCGCGUCGCCUGAGCCACGUUGAGUCUUCAUGGUUCUCAUCAUGCGGAUAAGUUCCGCUCUCCAGCUUUCUGCUCACAUUCACUGAGGGACAGAACAGUACAGCAUUGCUCGUCUGCAUUAGUCAUAGUUUGCAUCUUGUUUAAACUUUUAGAAAUGGCAGGAACUGCCCCAGCACCAGCCGCUCCUGCUCCCGCUAAAGCGCCCAAGAAGAAGACCGCGACAAAGCCCAAGAAAUCGGGUCCCAGCGUGUCGGAGCUGAUCGUCAAGGCUGUGUCUGCCUCCAAGGAGCGCAGCGGGCUGUCCGUGGCGGCGCUCAAGAAGAUCCUGCAGGCCGGCGGCUACGAUGUGGAGAAGCACAACUCCCUCGUCAAUAGAGCCCUCAAGAGCCUGGUGACCAAGGAGACCCUGCUACAGACCAAGGGCACCGGCGCCUCGGGCUCCUUCAAGCUCAACAAAAAGGCUGCUGAAGCCAAGGACAAGGCGGCCAAGAAGAAGGCAGCUCCCAAGAAACCAGCAGCAAAGAAAGCGGUUGUCAAAAAAACAACGAAAAAGGUUUCGGCGAAGAAAGCAGCGACACCCAAGAAGACUCCUACGAAAGCGAAGAAACCGAAGGCUGUAAAGAAGGCGCCCAAGAGCCCGAAGAAAGCGGCUGCUAAGCCUAAAAACGUCGUAAAGAAGAGCCCGAAGAAAGCGAAGGCAGCGCCUAAACCUAAAAGGGUGACCAAGGCAGCCAAACCCGCAGCGAAGAAGGCGGCUCCUAAAAAGAAGUGAGCAGUUAAAGCGACGAUGCAAACAAUGAACCCAAAGGCUCUUUUCAGAGCCAACACAUGUUUCUAAAAAGAGCAGAUUUCCCUUAUAUGCAUAGUAAACGCGGCACAUCAGUCGCGUUUUCAUAGUGCAAUAUUAAUCAAUAGCUAAACAUAACCCCGACAAGAACGAAGUUUCCUUUAUAUCUGAUUUCAGAUUAAAGUUCGUGAUUAAAUGCGGUCUUUGUUCCCAAACUUUUUUUUUUUUUUUUCCCUGCCCCCCUCCCCCCUCCUGCAUAACAUGCAUGUUGUAACGUCGCGUGUAAAAUGAAAGCAGGUCCCACACAGCCAGUGGCGUCGUUCUGGAAUUUAUUAGCACAGGGCAAAUAACCAAUUGAGGACCACAGCAAAACGAACCAAAAUAAUAAAAACCUAGAUCCCGUUCUCACCGAGACAGCCUCUGUCUAGCACAACUGCGCUCAUUCAUGCAGCAUUCUAUUUACCUCUUCGUGCCCUCCAGCCUCCAGGAUUGGUGAACACCC